AUGACGACUAAUCCAGGUGCUUCCGGGAGCCCUCCUUCCUUCGACGCCUCUCUAAAUCCCCCUAAUGAGCUUCUUAGUUUUCUAUCCGCCCUAUCAUUGCUUUUCAAGGAGAAUUUAGGAAAACCUGAAACCUCGCAGUGGGUACCCGCUCGGUUGGGCAUCGCCUUGGGUCGGGCUGACGUAUUCAAUAGGGACCUGGGGAGAAUUGUCCAGAAGCUCAAUAUCCAAUUAAACAGUUACGAAACCAUCUUGCCCCCUACAAGUAUCCGGGAAUUAGUCAAUUCUUUAGGAGAGGAUUACGAAAGGUGGUGUUUGCUCGAAGCAGAUACUUUCACUGUGAUAACAAGGACACUCCUUAGGGCUAGGAAUUGUCUGGAGAGGGACCAGGGUCUGUUUCGGCUUAUUGUGAGGGCUCAAUUUCCUUUGAUCGUGUCGGUCCGAACUUACAGAAUUAGGAAGUAUUGGAGACCUUGACUGAUAGAGUCGAAGCGCGAGUGAUGGAGAGUGACACUGUCAAGGAUUACAAGGACACUGUUGGGGAAGGAUCCAUCUCUGGGUUACUCUCCUUUUUCACGGAAGAAGAAAAUUUGGACUUCACAAGGCGUUGGGUAGGAUUACUGCUCGUUGAGCUGUUGGAUGGAUCGGAGCUGAAUAGGGAGCGACUGUUGAAAACUGAAAAAAAGCAGUUGUAUGUUUCUGUUCCAGCAUUGAAUGAACGGCUUUAUUAACAAGUAGGUUACGACAAUAGGGAAGAGCUUGGCGAUAUCAUUGAAAGGGGGACCGAUAGAAUGCUCAAGAUUGUGGCCGGGAAAAUUAUUUGGCAGACAGUUCGUAGUUCUAGCGUCAUGGAGGGUACCAGGGAGAGACUCAAGAUUUUCUGGGCACAAGAUAGCAUAGAUUUCAGCAAAGAUUUUCCCAUGGAGCCUGGGACCCAAUGGGAUGGAGGAUUUGCGCAGUUUGUGACAAGGCUGGAGGAGGAUCUGGAUGAUCCUGAUAUUGGGUAACUCCUACCCGUUCACAAUUCACUUGGUUAACCCAGCUUACAUUUGUAGACUUUUCCCCAUAGCAUUCAACGCCUACCAGGUUCGCCUCGGAGAGAGGAAGCCACAGGUUUUCGGAAGGGGUGCUGUGUCGAUUAGUAUUGGCGAGCUGUUCAGCAUAUACAUACCACCUAAUUCCGAUGACUCCUGCGAGUGGAUAGAUCUGAAGAUUACCAAUAUUACCAGGAUCGAGCCCAUUAACGAAGCUGUGCCUGGCGAUCUCAAGGGUCAAUUAAGAUAUCUCAAACUUCAUUUGUCAGAUCCCAGUAAUAGCGGCUAUCUCUAUCUUAUCUCAAUGCGACCAUCAUCUAAGUUUGAUAGCAUCAUGGUUUCAUGUUACGCAGAGGAAGCCGAUGACAUUGUUGAAAAUGUUGAGAGAUGUCGUGGGCUGAUGCUAUCAAACAAGCAUGGCGUUGUACCUCAUAUUAGUGCUGUCAGUGGCCUGCUCGUCAAUCCGGAAAUCUCGCAGUCGCAAAGGGAAAAAGAGGAAGAGCUGCAAAAGCGGCGUGGAUAUGUGCUCGAUGCUGUCAAUAGCCCAGCGGUAGCUGAGGCCACGCCCAGUGGACAGUCUGAAUCCGGGGAAAUGUUAUCCAUCAAUGCAGCAGAUCUCGUGGAUAUCCAUGAUGGCGUCUCCUCUCCCGUGGUCAGACGGAGCCCUAGGGUUGACCUCCCGCCAGGAGCAAGGGCCUCUGCCCAGGCCCUAAGACCACCUGGCUCAGAAACUCGUCCAAAGCAGAUCCGGGGAGCACCAUACGAUUGCUCGCCACUAACCUCGCCACCCGCUUCGGGGGAAACCCUCGGAUCCCCGCAAGGCCGCCUAAGUGAUCCCGGAGAUCAUCCGGUUGCACAAACGUCUAAAGGCGAACUCUUCACGACAACGGAGUGUGAGCUUGUGGAGAGCACAGGAUUGCGGAGCCUAGGAGAUACUAAGCUAAGCCAAGUGAAUGGCGAGCCUACUGAUGGGCUAUCAAGGAUACUGCAGCGGGUGCCUGCCUUGAUAUCCCUCGAGGAAGUCAAAAAGCGAGGCAAGCUCAAGGAUCGACUGGCGAACGAACAGGGAGAAAUACCGGCACCACCCUCUCUGCAGAAACAAAAUACAGGGCGUAAGAGGGUAACUGCUAAACAACCUAUGGAACCUACACUGCCUGCGAAGACUACAAAGUCUGUGUCGAGGAAGGCGAAAGGUGAGGGAACUGCGAAAAAUAUAAAGCCUCUGGUGCAGCGGAAGAAGCCAGAGCCACUACCAAUUAGUGAUGAUAUAUGGGAAUUGCCGUUGAGUAGCCCAGUUUCCCAAGGGCCGAAAGCGGGGGGCAGGGUCCAGAAGCAUGGUAGAGGUAUAAAUAAAAAGGCCAAACAUGACCCUAAGCCGGGAGGAAUAGUUAAGGGGAGGUUGGCGGCGAAAGGGAAGGUUGUUCCUGGGAAGAGGGGAAGAGGGAGAGGUCGUUCAUAUAAAUCGGAAGCCCAAGUGGUUGAUUCUAGCGAAGAAAGCACACCUCACUCGGGAAACGAGGCCGCUGGGCCAGGAGUGCCACGCGCUCCUGGUGAGGUGGAGGCUGAGAGGUCUGCGCUGACCACGCAGCCAAAGACUCUCACAAAAACUGUCCGAGCAGCCCAAAUCUCGGAAACGCAGCCUAACCUAAGAAGAUCCCUAAGAGAGAGGAAGCCGCCCAGGGUUGUACUCAUCCCAUCCUCGGGUGGGGAGAGCGAGAGGGGGGAACUGGUGGAGUGCACGCCGCGGAAAGCACUGGCGAGGUCACUUUCACCCGGGAGAAAGCCAGAGUCUGUUAGGACAAACAAGCGUGCGCUUCCUGAGGCAUAUAGGAUCAACGCCUCGACGAAAAAGAGAAAAGAUCCGCCUAUUCGGGAGUGUAUUGAUGUUCCCCAGGCCUCUGAUACAGGGAAAAAGGGUGUUCGCAGAGGGGUUAGGGUCAUGCAACUGGGUGGAAAACAAGAGAACUUUGGGGAGACAAGAGCAGUGGUGGGGCAAAUAAGCCCGGUUGCUCCAGAGCUCGUCCAAAAUCGUGAAGCUAGAGCUGUGAGCUCAAAACGCAAAGCUUAUAAGCGCACCACCGCCCCAAAAGAGCUCGCCGAAGGUUCUCAUAAACGCCAACGAACCUCGCCCCUCAAAACAGUCUGCCAUGAGAAGAGGGGAGAUCGCGCAGCCACGUUUGAUACAAGCGAUAGUCCCGGAGUCUCGAUCUCCCUUUCUCAAAUGGGUGAUUCACUUGAAGCUCGAGACUCAACCCGUGAGGUACCUGGUUUGGAUGGGCGGGUGGCAGAUGACGACGAUGCUCUGCCACUACUCAACAAGAGGGAAUAUAUAAAUCACAACGAAAGUAUAGAAGAAGGAAGGGCUUUAAGUAUUUCGAGUCGGACAGAACCUCCGGAGCCUAGCGCACACUACCCCCAGACAGGGCUAGAAGUGCUCGGAAGCCUUGACGACGCGAGCAGGGUGGCACUUACAAAUGGCCCGGAAUCUCGAGAGUGUCGUCACAGUUCACUGGAGGAUUUUUCUGAAGCACCACUACCCCUGGGGGCGAUGGAUAAUCCAGCAAGGGGGGUCUUUAGUGCGGAUGUUCUAGGCACACCCGGCCUUUCGGGGUCUCCGACAGCUCUCCACCACAAACCGGACCUUCAAAGAAGUGCCCCAGCUGCACCAGUAAAUACUUCAAAAGCAUUAGCACCUCACCCUACAUCAAAUCAUGUAGACGCAAGCACUAGCACCGCCGGCCUAACUGAGGAUCGCACCACGAGCACUCCCCGCCCUCGGAUCUCGGGCCCGUCACCACAGAUAGCUGAAGGAACUGGUUCAACAAUACCGAAGCAGAUGUCUAGCGUUACUAGCCCAAUGACGCAGCUCAAAGGCAAAGGCACUUGUGGUCGAGCAGGGAGCGUAAAUACGGUGUCUGAAACCGCGAUAAAUGGGCCUUGUUUUCUAAGCCCAAUCGAGUUCUCCAGAGCGAGUUCCCCCACGGGGCCCAUUGUCCAUGACACGGCCCCUGACGAAGAGCGGCUAGGAGCUGAUGAUCUAGCCCAACUCUCCGCAACACAGAGGCUUCAAAGUCUUGUUAUACUGUCUGAGGGGGAUGAAGAUAUAGUUGUUUGGGAUGCGAAAGAAAAAAAGGGAGGGUUUACAGCACUUCAGAGAAUGGGAACUGGGCAUACUGAGGUUAUAACACACUCGAGCUUAAUGAAGCACGCAUUUUAACAUAUAUGACUAGGUUGAUGAAAAUGGAAGUCCUUCUAGACUAGACACCCCAAAGCCACAUACAGGGCCAAGAAAAAUCUCAUGGGAGAUAUUAAACAAACGGAGGGAUCAUAUUCCUGAAUCUUCUCAGGGGCUGGAGGCCGAGGAAAGCACUUUCGCCGAAAAUACACACAACAUCCCGGAAGGGGGAACUCAGUUGGGCGGACAACCACCUUCAAGGCAAACGCAUAUAGUCGGGGCUCGUACAAAGGGAGGUAAACCUGAGAACCUAAAAAUUGGUGCUAACGGUGAGGGGGGCUGUGGGUAUUUUAAUCAGGGGCGUGGGGCGAUUGAGCGCACUGAUGGGCCUGAGAGCCAAUCCGUAGAACUACCUAAACCGCUUGAGAAAUUUCGGGAGAUGGCGAAAGAUGUGAUUUCGAUAUCAUCGACAUCACCCUCUCCGGCUUUACCCCCUUCCCUUCCCCCAAAGAAAUCACACAGGGUGUGCCAAGAGCCGGAACCUUGGGAAGUCUCAGAUAGCACGGGAACUGCGGAACCCGCAAUAGCUAAGGUCCUGCAGAUACUUGCUAAGAGGGGCACCUACAUACCCAAAUCGUCGCCGCCUGUUCUCCGUCAAUCAAAGUCGAAAGUCCAGCUAAUCAGGAACCGUAAGCGGAAGCAUAAGGGUAAAGAUAACUUGACCCGGAGUGGAGGGGUGGGGGCGACCGGCAUUGAAGAUAGGCCGUUCGAGGGUAUGUUGUUGAGAUUUCAAGGCUAUGUCUACCGCUUACUGACCUCUUCAGAUAUUGUAUUGGCCGAAAAGGGAUAUCUAGAGACACAUUUUUCUAAAAUGCUACGGAAAAAAAGAUUUGUGAGGAUUCAGAAGCCGCCUUACCAGGGGAGCCCCUCCGACCAGCUGCUGGCAAGAGAGCAAUGCCGUAGAGCUUCGGGGUUGGAUCCUACCAAAGAGGAACGCGUUCGAAGACAGGCGUGGAUUCAGGAUUCAGAUCAUGAGGAGCUAGAUAGAGAUACUGAGGCCGAGGAUUCUAUAAGCGCCUAUACGGAUGAGGAUGACCCUGAUAUAGACACGGAUACGUAUUCGGAAUCCGAAUCCAGUGAGUCAGGUGAUAGCGAAGAUGGGGAUGAGAAUAGUCAGGAUGGGGAAGAGGAUUCUCACAUUGUUUGGAGGAAAUCGCUCCCUGGACAUCUAAAAGAGACGCUCUCGGUAUUAGAGCAGAUUACUCGGGUUUGUUGCUCAGACAGAUUUUUGUAGAUUCGCGCUGACAAUUAAUAGGGGCUUGUCAAGUAUUUAGUGCGCAGCGAGGAGCUUGCGAUAGGGAUGAUUGAGAAAUUUGAAGCUCAGGGUGCCAGGUUGAUCCAGGCACUCGGUGAUUCGCACGAACAAGAAUACGGCGAAUUCCUUGAUAGUUUAGAGCAGGCAAAAAAGGCGGUCGCGGAAAAAGCAGAAGAAUUGGACCAAGUGAUUAGGAAUGGCUUGGAUAGCGUUGAGAGGAAGGAGGGGGACUGGAGGAAUAGUCGGGUGGCAAAGAAGAAGCAAACCCAGAGGUUGGACAGUGCAAUUGAGGAAAUACUGAUUAAUACCAAUAAUUAGAUCUGGAGGUUGCAAGGAAUGGUUUUAACAGGGGAAAUAUAAUGGGGGAAUUGUGGCAUGUAUAAUAAUGCAUUAUUUGAUUGGGCUUAAGAUUGG